AUGUCCAGCAUUCCCCAAGGACUUCGGCGCCUUCCAGGCAGUGAACGACGUCCCUCGCCAACUGCGAAGGCGCUUGGCAUCGCUAAUCCCAACGAGUCUUUCGCGGUUACAAUCGUUCUACGUCGCCGUCUAGAUGGCGCGCCGCUGCCUGACCACGACUUUUUCCUGAAUACUCCCCCUUCUCAACGCCAACGAAUGUCGAGUUCAGAAUUUGCCGAUUUAUACGGCGCUUCCAAUGAAGAUAUCGAUAAAGUAACGAAAUUCGUCACCGCUCACCACCUCACUGUAAUCGACACCCAUGCAGCCCGGCGCACCGUCACUGUCUCUGGGACGGUUCAAAACAUGGAAUCCUUUUUUGCCACCAGGCUCAGGCGUUUCGAACACCAAAUUGUUCGCAGCACCAUCGACCAACCCACGUUGGAGACGUAUCGAGGUUUAGAUGGAUUUAUUCAUAUUCCUGAAGAUCUCGAAGGGAUCAUCGUUGGGGUUUUUGGUCUCGAUAAUAGGACCGUCACGACACGCAACCGCUCCGACGACGAUGAUUCUUCUGACACAUUUACACAUCUCACUGUUCCACAAGUUACCUCUCUCUAUGAUUUCCCCGAUCAGAGUGCCUCUGGACAGACGAUCGCCAUUUUUUCUGAUUCCGGCUACAACCCGAAGGACAUCAACACCUAUUUCACUGAGUUGGGCCUUGAUGCACCGACGGUCCAAGACGUAGACAUCGAUGAUGCAACAAAUACCGUGACGUCUGAUACCACCCCCGAAACCACAAUGGAUAUUUGCAUCUCGGCCAGCGCAGCACCCGGUGCUUCUGUGGCUGUAUAUUUUACUCCCAAAACAGAGAAAGGAUGGGUAGACCUGAUCGGAAGAGUUGCCCACCCCAACUCCGAUGACCCCGUCUGUUCAGUUCUAUCCUCUAGCUAUUACAAGUAUAACGGCGAUGACGGUGAUCAUGCAGACGCAGAUUUCAUGGAUGCGGUUUCUUCAGCUUUCCAAGACGCGGCACUGCAGGGCGUGACCGUGUGCGUCGCAGCGGGCGAUCGAGGAAGCUAUUCCAAGAUCACAGACGGCGAUGUUCAUGUGCAGUACCCUGCCAGCGACUCAUGGGUCCUGACAGUCGGCGGCACGGCGAUUGCAAACGUUGACGGUUCGUCUUACGACGAAUACGUUUGGAAUCACAACGAGGGUGCAACCGGAGGUGGUGUCAGCGGAUACUUCCCUUUGCCCUCCUACCAACGCUCUGCAACCGUUCCCGUCUCCCUGAACGAUCAGUCCAAGGGGCGCGGUGUUCCUGACGUUGCUGCUAACUCGGAUAAGAGGAGUGGUUACAAAAUCCCUUUCAACGGUGGUCACAAGACGGGUGGAGGUACCAGUGCGGCUGCGCCGUUGUGGGCUGGCCUCAUUGCGAGAAUCAAUGCGGCGAUGGGAGAGAAUAUUGGAUAUAUAAACCCUGCUUUGUAUGCCUUGGGUUCAAGUGUUUUCAACGAUAUCGAUGGGUCGAAAGGUCCCACUAAUAACAAGGUCGACGGUUACAGCGCUCCUGGGUAUCCCGCGAAUUCUGGAUGGGACGCUUGUACUGGUUGGGGUAGCCCCAAAGGCUCCGCAUUACUCAACGGCCUAACCCAAAUCUUCACCAAGAGAUGCACAAUUGUGCCCGACAUUCAGUCUUAUGCGACGAGAUUCUCUGUUGAGGUGGAUGGCUUUCGGCCAGCCGAUUUUGGGGUUCAGCACGGUCCACCCGUCAUGUCCAUUGUUCGUCCGCAGAUAAGCCUUUUUUCCUCUUCGUUCGGAGUCAGCUGUGUGCUCGAAGAACUUGAUGUUCAAGAUAUCACUCUUCCCCCUACUCCACAACGGUUUACGUGGGUGUAUUGGCUCACCUACACGUCCAUGAUCAUGGAUCGCCAAGUUGGCCCAAUAAUGAUUCAAAUCACUGCCACCGUAACGAGUUUGGAGGGGGAGUCUGUCAGCAGCCAAGCUUGCGUGCUGCUUAAGGCAGGUCAGCUCAGUAACAAGCUUGUUUAG